GUGAGCGGCUCGGGGAACUGGGAUGGAAAUUCUAUGAAGGUGAUGACUAUCAUCCAGAAGAGAACAGAAAGAAAAUGGCAGAAGGAAUCCCUCUGAAUGAUCAGGACAGGAUUCCAUGGCUUUGCCGCUUACAUGAUAUAUUAAUGAGGGAGCAUGCCUCUGGGCAAAACACAAUUUUAGCCUGCUCAGCUCUGAAAAAAAUGUACAGGCGCAUUUUAGAAAAUGGAGAGGCUGGCACAAAUUGUGAGAAUCCCAGUGGCCGGCCAGAAGAACCAGGGGAGCCAGCGUCACAAAAGAUCCUUUUCAUCCACUUAGAUGGACCUAUGGAUCUCAUUGCUCAGCGCAUGGCAAAAAGGAGGGGGCACUUUAUGCCCCCUGAGCUGCUGCAGUCUCAGUUUGAGGCUCUCGAAGCUCCAUCACCACCAGAAAAUUCUAUCACUGUCAGUCUGGAAAAGCCUGUUUCAGAAAUAGUAGCUAUUAUUGAAGAAUAUGUUAGAAACAGGUAUGGAUAGUUCUUCCCAGGUUGGUUCCUGGUUUACAGGA